GUAAUGAAGGAGAUCUGCAGGAGGAUCUCUCUUGCGUUUGACUAAAGCCAUGCAAGCCGACCUCAUAGGGUAAGUAGGCCACACCAAGAUAAGUUCUUUGCUCCUCCUUCUCUUCUGUCACGAUCUUUCAUUCUCGUUGUUCCGGUCAUUUCCUCUAUACCUGGCCAUCAUGUUGAAGACCUUUGCUUCAGCGGCUGCCUUGUGCACUGUAGCAACAGCAUACUCGCCGUUCCUUGUCAACUCUCUGUCCACUCAUCAACCAAUCGGCAACAAUGAAGGUCAAACAAACUACUAUCGUAUCGCAUUUGAUGUUUCGUCAUCCAACGGUGGAGCCAACUCGUCGGCAACCUGCCAGACAUUCUGGGGAGACAACUCUUGGACAGAACCAGAAGCGUAUUCGGUUGCAGUGCCAACAGGGAAAUGGAUUGAUUGCGACUCAAGCGACUUCCGGUUCAAGCUGUUCCCUUAUUUCAGCAUUGGCAACUUCAGUCUAGCCAUCCAGCAAAAUUUUACCGACACAGCGAUCAAGCAAGAAAUCACUGCCAAUGGAACGACGCACAUCAGCAACUCGACGUCUUGGUUCAAUUGCAAGAUCAACCCGAUUGAAAUAAUGUAUCUCCAGCAUGCCCAGGGCGACUGCAACAUGGCUAGCAACGCUAGUGCCUACUCGAUCCCAGUGGAGUCUGCAGAAGCGUGUACCUCAGGCAAAGCCACGAUCAUCUUCGAGGUCAGCGGAUCGUUUGAGAAUGCGGGCGAGAGUAUUCUCUUGAUUGGCAGUAUCCCAGAACUUGGUGGUUGGGAUACGUCCAAAGCAAUUGCCCUCUCGAAUCUUGAUGCCGAGAGUGCCGGGGCACCGUCGUUUGGCGGACGCUUCGAUAUUGCUGAGGGCACGACUUUCGAGUACAAGUAUAUUAUGCAAGAAGCAGAUGGUAGCAGAAGUUGGGAGUGCUGCGAGAACAGAGAGUUUACGGUUCCGGCCGACUCUGCAUGCAGCGAGCAGAGCGUAGACGUUGGGUGGUUCAGGGGUGGGGGGACGGCUGUCUACAAGUAGAGGAGAUGGACAAAGACAUGUACGAGUGUAUGAUAUGGAUAAGCACGAGUAAUAAGUAUGCAUGGAGAAUAGUGAAAGCCGUGACAUGUGAAGAUUUGGCACGUCAUUUUGCGGAGUGAGCUUCGGUCC